GUAUAGUAACUACAAGCAGAUCCUCGCUAUGGAUGUUACGCUAUGGAUGUCACGCCCCAAAACCCGAAUUCGAGGCGCGACAGACGCCGUGCACUCGUGAGAGAGUCCCACAAAUGCACAAGGCUUGGAGCUUAUCCAAUUCACAUCUGACAAUCCAAUAACUUAAAUUAGAUAUUUCAAUAAUUCUAUGUCCAACAUGACUUAAACUUAAAAUCACAAGGUAAAAUCUAUUUUACAAAAAACAUGAUUUAUUUCUAAAAUUAUAUCAAUCUCGAAAUGGCUAGCCUUCUAACUCGUCACUUCCCGUGGCUUCCGUGUCUCGGGUCAUACUACCUGAAAUGGUGGACAAGGGAAAACUAUGAGAUAAAAUAUCUCAAUAAGUAAAUGUAUGGAUAACCCGUGGAUAAAAUUUGAGCAUUUCAGAUAAAUAGUUUAAACAUAAACGGAAUGCUCAAUGAUAACCAUUAUGCAAAAUAAAGUUCAGUAGUAGUCAAUUAAACUUAUAGCAUGCCAACAAGUGUAAUCAGAAAACGGAUACAAGUACGGGAACGAAAUAGACGUCUCUUCUAUAGGUCAUGGCCAGUGUUUAAACCUCCCACUGGCAGGCAACAGGGAUUACUAGUGUAAAAUCCCCACUAGCAGGGUUACAGGAACGAACCGGUUCUAACAAGAACAUAUCGAUAUGUGCCGACAUGUGCUAGCGUUUAACUCCCACUAGCAGGAUUACAGAAACAUGACCACAUCAGAAACAAAACAGGCUGAAGUUAACAGAAAAUCAUACUUUACUAAUCAUUUUCAGAUCAUCAGGGCAAUCAAUUAAAUUUC